AGAAGAUGUCAGUGUGUUUUGGAUCUAAAGUCUCAACCACCUGUGGUAGAGGGGAAAGGUCAUGGAAACCAACCGCUGGGAACAUUUCACGAAGACCAUCAAUUCGUCCGAAAACAAUAAGUGAUUCAAAUAAGACGUGCCAGCUCGAGAAAGAUGAGAUGCAUGAGCGUCCAGUGAGAACUGGCUGACUCUUGGAGCUCUUCUUGCUCAAGUAGUUACUUUACCCCCAACAAGCAGCUCUAAGGAGUGUUCCUCAUUCCCUAUGUGUUGUUCAUAUUUCUGGGAGGCAUUCCGAUAUUCUUCCUGGAGAUUGCGCUGGGUCAGUUUAUGAAGGCUGGAAGCAUCAAUGUGUGGAACAUUGCACCUCUUUUUAAAGGACUUGGCUAUGCCUCCAUGGUGAUUGUGUUCUUCUGUAACACGUACUACAUCAUGGUACUUGCCUGGGGUUUCUACUACUUGAUAAAGUCCUUCAAUUCCACGCUGCCCUGGUCCACCUGCGACAACCCGUGGAACACCGAAAACUGCAUCGAGAUCUUCCGCCACGACGACUGCCAGAACGGCACCAUUGGCAACUCAACAUUUGGAAACCUGACGUGCGAAGAGCUUGCUGACGCACGUUCCCCUAUCAUUGAAUUCUGGGAGAACAAGGUUCUGAACAUCUCUGAUGGGCUGGAUGAGCCAGGAGUCAUAAACUGGGAACUGAUGCUGUGUCUUAUGGCCGUGUGGGUGAUGGUUUACUUCUGUGUGUGGAAGGGGGUGAAGUCAACAGGAAAGAUUGUGUAUUUCACUGCCACGUUCCCGUAUGUGGUCCUGAUUAUUCUCCUGGUGAGGGGCGUCACACUUCCUGGUGCUUAUGAUGGGAUCCUGUACUAUGUCAAACCUGAUUGGUCUAAGCUAGGAGAGGCACAGGUCUGGAUCGAUGCUGGUACUCAAAUCUUUUUCUCCUACGCUAUCGGGCUCGGAGCCCUCACGGCCCUCGGCAGCUAUAACCGAUUCAACAAUGACUGCUAUAAGGACGCUUUUGUUCUGGCUCUUAUUAAUAGUGGCACCAGUUUCUUUGCUGGUUUCGUGGUCUUCUCCAUCUUAGGUUUCAUGGCAUCCGAGCAAGGUGUGGACAUCUCUAAAGUGGCUGAAUCAGGCCCCGGUUUGGCAUUCAUAGCGUACCCUAAAGCUGUUUCUCUGAUGCCCGUGGCUCCGGUGUGGGCUGCCCUAUUUUUCGUCAUGCUGCUACUGCUGGGACUGGACAGUCAGUUUGUUGGUGUGGAGGGUUUCGUAACUGGCAUUCUUGAUAUUUUCCCUGGAAAGUAUUACAUGCGCUAUCAGCGUGAAAUCGCUGUGGCGAUCUGCUGUUUAUUAUGCUUCAUUAUAGAUCUCUCCAUGGUUACACAGGGAGGGAUGUACGUCUUCCAGCUUUUUGACUACUACUCAGCCAGUGGAAUUACCCUACUGUGGCAAGCAUUCUGGGAAUGCGUGGUUGUCGCGUGGGUUUAUGGUGCUGACAGGUUCAUGGAUGAUAUUGCCCGUAUGAUCGGUUACCGGCCAUUCCCGUGGAUAAAGUGGUGCUGGUCCUUUAUAACUCCAUGUGUUUGCAUGGGUAUCUUUCUAUUUCACCUGCUGAACUACAAGCCUCUGACCUACAACAAUGUGUAUGUGUACCCGUGGUGGGGAGAGGUGAUCGGAUGGUGUCUGGCUCUCUCCUCCAUGCUCUGUAUCCCCGUUAGCCUUGUGUACAAGCUCGCUGGAGCCAAGGGAACAUUCAGAGAGCGCUGGGAAACUCUGACCAAACCAGUGUGGGGAGCCCAUCACCUCGAAUACAUGGCCCCUGACACUGACAUUAAAAGCCUGGCCUCUCUGUCUCCUGGAACGGAGGAGAACAAGAUCCUCUAGCAGAUGCUCUUCCACCUGUUAAAACUGCAAACUAUAUACAUGAUUUUUAAGAAAAAUUAUGUGCAAAGUUUAUUGCAGAUAUCAAGAUUUGCGGGGCAAAAUCAGCAUGUCUUUGGAGGGGACAGUAUAGUGUAGCCUAUAACAUUAUUUCACAGAGCGGCAGAAUUCCCACAGGCCACUUUCCUGAACGUGAUAUGGGUCUCUUUGCACUGACACGAGAAUCAAAUCUGAGCAAGAAGCACAUGGUUAAAAUGAAGCAAAAUGG